UCUCCUUUGUUACGCUUUUGACAACGACAUCCCUUUCUUUCUCUCUCUCUCUGCGCUACGUUCCUCUGCUCAGCUCUCAUAUUUCUACCUGAAAGUUAAAAAACAAAAAAAAAUUUCAACAGAGAGAAAACUAAAAUUCCUUCGUAUUCUCAAAGCAACUUUUAUUCUCUCUCUCUCUCUCUGUCUUUCUCUUGCAGUCAUUUACUAUUCUUGAGAGCUACACCUACACCAAAUAUCAUUUCAUUUUUUUGUGAAUUCGACCUUUGAUCCCAAAUUGAAUUCCGAUUCUCACAAUGCCAGAGGAAGUGGCGGCGUCGAUUGAAGAAGUGGAAAGGAAGGGGAAGAGUUGCUGUGAGGCUGAAACGACAGCGUCUGAGGACGAGAGGCGAAAGGUUCGAGUCAGAUCUCUGAAGAAGAGGACGAAGAGGAAGGUUAUAAUGAAUGGCGGUGGUGGUAGUGGUAGUUGUUCCGGUUCUAGGCUUUCGAUCUCCCUCUCUCAAUCUCUUAGAAAGCGCGGAAACAAGGUCGCCGAUUGCCGAUUCGCUUCGAUUUCGAUCAACGACGUUCGUGAUUCCAAGGAGGAAGAAGCUGUCAACGCGUUUCGACAGACAUUGCUCGCCAAAGAUCUCCUCCCACCUUCCCAUGAUGAUUAUCACACUUUGCUUAGGUUUCUAAAGGCAAGGAAGUUUGACAUGGAUAAAACUCUCUAUAUGUGGGCUGAAAUGCUUAACUGGAGGAAAGAAUUUGGAGUAGAUUCUAUUCUAAAGGAUUUUGUAUAUGAUGAAUAUGAAGAAGUUCGGCGUUGGUAUCCGCAUGGUUACCAUGGUGUAGACAAAGCGGGGCGACCUGUUUAUAUUGAAAGACUUGGUAAAAUUGAACUUAGCAAGCUGAUGAAUGUCACUUCGGUGGACCGGUUUUUAAAGUAUCAUGUUCAGGGGUUUGAGAAGGUCUUCAGUGAGAAGUUCCCAGCAUGUUCCAUUGCAGCCAAGAGACACAUAGAUUCUACAACUACAGUACUGGACGUGCAAGGGCUGAAUUGGGUUAGCUUUGGCAAGGUUGCCCAUGAUCUUGUUAUGCACAUGCAGAAAAUUGAUGGCGAUAACUAUCCUGAGACAUUACAUCAGAUGUUCAUUGUUAAUGCUGGUAGUGGGUUCAAACUACUAUGGAAUACAGCAAAAAGCUUUCUAGACCCAAGGACCACUUCAAAGAUACAUGUUUUAGGCAGCAGAUUCCAUAGUAAGUUGUUGGAGGUUAUAGACUCAAGCCAACUACCAGAUUUUCUUGGUGGAACUUGCUCAUGCCCAAAUGAUGGUGGGUGUCUUAGAUCUGACAAGGGGCCUUGGAAUGAUCGAGAAAUAGUGAAACUGGUACAUGCUGGAGAAGCAAUGUAUCUAAGAAGAGUUAAAAGUUCCUCUGAUCAUGAUGAUUUUUCCUCCAAGGUUUCACAUGGUGAAAUAUCUGCUGCUGGGUCAAAAUUACUCAUGACAACGAGUGCUUCUGGCGUCAGGCAGAGAAUGCCAGUUGGUCAUGAAAUGAGUGUACUUGAAGAAAGGAACAGUGACCAUGCAUCUAGCUGCAACCUGAUUGAACCAGUUGGUAGAGCUGUAAGGCUUGAAGAUGCUUGUUUAACAAGUGAUUCAACCAACAAUUGUCAACCAAGAAGGCCGUUGAAGUUCAUUCCCUACGUAACAAAUUUAGUGGUUCACAUCAUACUAAAAAUAUUAGGAUGUAUAUAUCUAGUACUACCUUGGUUGGGGAGAUUUUUUGCAGUGCAGCGUGCAGAAAAUCAUUUAGGUAACAAUAGCAAACCCCAAAACAAUAGAAAGCCCCAGCUUGUUGAUUUAAGACCACAAGAGCAGCACAUUUCACGGUCAAUCAAAGAGGACCCACUUUGGAAGAGGUUGCAGCAAUUAGAAACCACAGUAAAUGAUCUGGUUAGCAAACCUACAAAAAUUCCUCAAGAAAAGGAUGAUAUGCUUCGGGAAUCUCUGAGUCGUAUCAAAUCCAUAGAAUAUGACUUACAGAAGACAAAGAAAGCACUACUUGCAACUGCAUCAAAGCAAGUGGAGCUUGCUGACUCACUGGAAAAUUUAAAGGAGAACAGCUUAACACAGGGGGCAAAUUCUUGUUGGCCAAGAAAUUAUAAAUGUUAUGCCCCAGGAAGAUGAAUAAAUUAUUUUGAGAGGGCUUUUCAUGAUGUCUUUUGACUCUGAAAAAUGCAAUAACUUCCUCAUGCAAGGUGAAUAAGCAGAUUUGGAAGGUUGUCAUUUUUAGGUUCUUUGAGUUGCCAGUUACCGGUUUAUCCACCAAACAGAGGAAACCACAGGGUUAUUUGAGCCCAUUCUUUUAGAUAAGCAUAUGCAAAUAUGUCUCUGAUCGUGUACAUAGUACUAUAUAUCUAUUUUGUUACUCUCUUUUUGGACUGGUAUACUGUAUGAUACUUGACCUCACUUUUAUACCAUACCAACUGCAAAUUUACAGAAGCAGAGGCUGUGUGCUGCAACAAUUUUCACCGGAAA